AGCUCAAAGCAUACGUCGUUGCAUGCCAUCGCCAAGAGCUUGGCCGACCUGACAACGCACAAACGUUUCUUACCGAAGGAUCCAUCGGUGAGUGAAAAUUCGCGCGGUUUUUGAGCUUUUUUGUUAUCGUUGUUAUUUACGAAUCCCCCUCCCCCCCAACCCUCCGUCCUCCCCUCGAUUCAGUGUAGAUGAUCAAGUUUUUCACCGUGCUCGCAAAGACGACGAUGUGAACAAACGAGCACGGCAAGUGAUUUGUUGGAAAAAUAUUACGGUCUAAAAAGGAACGUAACGUUACGGUGAUUUCAACGAAAGGGAAAAGUGCAGCAAGGAACGUAGGACUCCGCUGAUCAUAAGUGAUUGUUGUUUUUUUUUUCAUCUGAUCGUUGCUUGGUUGAUUCGUUUUUUCAAUUUCACUUAAACUCAAUUUGAACGGUUGUCAGGGAGGAAAAGUGACGCAUGGUGUUGGAUUUGAUGGGAUUGUUGUUGGGUAGAGAGGGAUAUCGUAGAUGCAUCGUUGCAUGACGAGGACCGAUCCUCGCGUCGAGACAUUAAGAUCAAUUAUAAAGUGAUUAGAUACAUAGUUGGUGAUCAAAGGACGCGAAUGAGGAAGGAGAAUAAGGAAGAACUCGGAACGGUGUGUGUAUUAUAUGCAGUGACGUGCGUACGUCGGUACGUACGCGGUUAAGUGCCGCGCAUGCAUAAUAGAAAAGUGAGAAAUUCACCCUUGUACAGAAAGAGGCACGUAAAGACAGACCAACACAGUGGUAAAACUCGUUGAACGGACGGAGGUUGUAUUGUGCGCUUGCACCGGCUCGGUGAAUAGGCGCGCUUAUAUAAAAAUUAAUUAUGAAAAAAUGAAAGCGGAAAUGGCGGUGAGCGGCGCGGCAGCGGCGGUAUACCUCGGUAAUUAUGUUAAGUGGCCAAUUAGCAAUUAGCGGAGAAGCUACUAGCGAACACUGUACCGGGCACCUUAAUUGCACCUCAGCCGGUUACCAGCACCAAGAGCGCAGGAGCUCGUGUGCCGUUUAAACUAUCGUAGUUCCAACAAUCUUCAAAGUUGGCGUCCGUCAGGAAACGACCGGCGAUCACCCCAGCCGUAGGAUAGUUGAGAGGUUGAGUCCGGAUCGCCGAAGGAGGAUCGAUUGGCGAGCUUCCGGGGCGACGAACGAUCGGCAAGAUUAUUUCGCCCAGGUAUCGAGGGAGUCCUGCAGGGCUGGCGAGUAGGGAGGCUGCGACUUCGGGCGUGCCGAGAUCAUCACCGGGUGAAUCGCGUGCCGUUAUGACGGUCCAUCACCACCACAAUCACCACGUGCCGACCCUGGGUGGCAUCAGCGUCGGUGCAGGCAGCCACGGGUUGAACCUUACCGGGAUAUCCGCAGGACUGGACGCCAGCAGGAGGCUUCAGCAGGACGGUCUCCACCAGGACAGGAACGGGCUCGUCGAGCGGCUCGUCGGAAACGGAAUCGAAAGAAGCGGCUUACCUGCCCAGGACAGGAACGGCCUGAUUACGGAGAGGAGUCACAUCGACAGGAUGGGCGAUGCUUCGACGACGAUGCCGCAGAGGUCCAGGUUCAUGAUCACCGACAUCCUCGCCGGCGCUUCGAGCCCCUCGAGUCCCUCAAGUCUGAUCCAGGGUCAGGGACCUCCCGGAAGCCCGCCGUCGACACCCCGAGAUCUCAGCGUCAGGCAUCAGUCCAGAUCUUCCCUCAAUAACAGCACCCUCGACGAGGACAGCGACGAAAGUCAUCACGACGCCGCAUCCGUCUCCUCGAACGGCGGUAAAGAAGACGACCCAAAGGGCUCGUCCUCAAGUUCCUCAAGUUCAGCGCUGAGCAAAAAGCAGAGAAAAGCCCGAACGGCGUUUACGGACCACCAGCUCCAAACCCUGGAGAAGAGCUUCGAGCGUCAGAAGUACCUCAGCGUCCAGGACAGAAUGGAACUGGCGGCGAAGCUCUCGCUGACGGACACUCAGGUCAAAACGUGGUACCAGAACAGAAGAACGAAGUGGAAGCGGCAGACGGCCGUGGGUCUUGAGCUACUGGCUGAGGCGGGAAACUACGCGGCGUUCCAGCGACUCUACGCGGGUGGCGUCGGGGUCCCGGGACACCCGUCGGCCGCGGGGCCUUACUGGCCCUACCCCGGGGGCCCGCCCCCACCCCCAAGCGACAUCUAUUACCGCCAGGCGGCGGCGGCCGUCACCCUGCAGAAGCCACUGCCGUACCGCCUCUACCCCCCGGCAGCGGCGAUGAUGCUUGCCGGGCCGAGCGCCCCCCUGGGAACCCUGGCGGCUAGCUCGAGCCUAUCUAGUCUUAGCAGCUACUACAGGGCGAGUCCCGACACCCUCGACGCGAGGGAUCGAGAAACCCUUGAGAGGGCGAGCGUCGGGAGGGCGUCGAGGAGCCCCGAGAGGAGCACGCCACCACCGAGAGAAGACACACCCCAAAGCGUGAGGGCGGAGAGCGACGACGAGAGCAUACACGACGUCUAGACUUUUUUAAGACUCCGUAAAUUUAACAAUUAUUUUUUAUCAUAUUUAUUAUUGACGGUGUUUUGUCAUGACGAAUGUACCGAUUUUACCGGUCAGAUCACGAGUUUUCAGUCUGGGUUCUAAGCGUCAAAUUUUUAUUUCUUCCACGUAGCUGAUGAAAGAGAAGACAGUUUUAUCGGAUAAAGUUUGCUUUUGUAGAAACCAGAAUGACAUUUCGAUUUAUAAAAAUAAUACUGUUUCGGUUUUUUAUUAGCUGAAUAAUUUUUGAUCACACAUUUUCUUCAAUUUUCACAUAACACUCUCCUGGACGCGAAAUC